UUACAAAGAGAGAGAAAGAGAAAGAGAAAAAGUUAAUUUUUCUAAUUAAGUAAAUUGUCGGUUUUUUAUUCUUUGUUUUAUUUAUUUGUUCAAAGUGAUCAAUAUCUUGGUUUUUAAUCUUGAUUGUGUUCGUGUGAAAGUUUGAUUUGGUUCUUUUUUUAUUCUUUCGUUGGAUCAAAAGAAAACAAAAGUAACAUGAUUCCUCAGAGUGAUUCUGGUGAUUUACCCAUUGAAGAGGGUGAAGAGGUUGAAGCUGAGGAAGUUGUUGCCAAACUGAUUUGGCCCUCACAAGAUGUUCAACAAUUGUUGGAAAAUAUUCAGGCCAAUAUGCCUAAAAAUGAUACUGCUAAAUAUUCAACGACGGCUAAGAAACUUAAUUGGGAAGAUAUUAAGUUUGGUGAAUAUACUGCCGAUGAUUGUAAAACUCAAUGGGAUUUGGUUUCAACCAGGAUCAGAAGAUAUCGGACUUUGGGUGAAGUUGUUGGCGAUGCAAGAGAUUGGGCCAAGAAUCCUUAUAAUAAUGCUUCACUUAAUAAGAAAACUCGUCACCCUGGAUUACCUAAGAAACCAUUAUCUCCCUUUUUACGAUAUUUUAUGGAGAAAAGGGCUCGUUUCGCAAAGAAAAAUCCAGAUUCAACAUCUGUCGUUGAAAUGGCUAAAGCUCUGGCUGCUUCUUACCGAGAAUUAUCUGAGAAAAAGAAGGCUAAAUACAAGCAAGCCUUUGAUCAAGAAAACGAUGAAUAUAAGCAUAAAAUGGAAGAGUUUAAAAGACUACACCCUGAGAUCGAUUUAAGUAAUCAUUUUCCGAAGCAAAGUUAUCCUGGACCCGUUCGGCCCAAGACACCAUUCCAAAUAUUUUUACAGAAAAAAACAAAAGAUCGAAUUGAUUCAAAGGAGCCUGAGGAUGUUGAUUUUUCUAAAAAAGAUAAUUUAGAACAGCUGAGAAAAGUUUGGCAUGAUCUGACUGAUAAGAAACGUUUGAAAUGGAUUAAAAAAUCUAUUGCCGAUGAAAAAAGGUACCUCGAAGAAUUGGAGAGCUACAAAAAAAAUCACCCUGACUUCGAGCCACCAGUUAUCAAGGUUCUAAAUAAGGCGGAAAAGGACUUAAAACAACGUUAUGAUGGAAAACCCGAGAAACCUCCUUGUUCAGGUUAUGCUCUUUACUCUAAGAUUAUGUUGAAAAACAAGACGGACGUUGCUGCGAGGGAUAAAAUGGCCGCCAUUGCACUGGAAUGGAAAGAGUUACCGGUUGAAGAAAAGAAUCGGUAUAAUCAAGAGGUUACAAAGAAACAAAAAGAAUACGUUGAAAAGAUGGAAGCUUAUCUUGCAUCUUUACCGGACGAUGAGAGAGAACAAUUUAUUGCAGAAGAAAAAUACAAAUCUCCAAGUGAAAAAUUAAAGAGUAAAAGUAGUUCAUCAAAUCAUAAUCUUACUGUUGAAGAUUUAGCAAAAGAUGCGAACAAUUCAACAGCCGCUCAGUGUUAUUUCCAAGCAGAAAGAGUUGUUGCCUUACAGGCAAGAAGUCAUAAUAAAAGUCAAACAGAGCUGAUUGGUCAAAUUAACAAGGAAUGGGCUGAAAUGUCAUUGGACAAGAAAGAGAAAUAUUAUCGCAUGGUCGAAAAUCUAACUAAUGCUGCUUCUGCUUCUUCUUCUUCAGCAAUUAAAAAAGCUCCAGUUAAGAAAGGUAAAUCAGAUGAUCGUUUGGAAGGUCUCAGUAGUGUCGAAAUUGAUAUGGUUAGAAUCUUAGAGAAACGACAACCCAAAAUCCCACCUAAAAAUCCAUAUUCGAUAUUUUUGACUGAAAAGUUGGCCCAAUUGAGCAAUUUCGAACCUAAGAAACGCAUGGCUGAAGUCUCACGUCUCUGGAAAUCUGUGUUGACUGAAAAAGAGAAACUAACUUACGAAUCAAAGGUUAAAGAAGCGCAAGAACAUUAUGAAAAAGAGUUGCAAACCUUUAUCAAGGGACUGAAUGCUAAAGAACUUGCUCUUUAUGAAAAGUAUAUCAAGAAACCUGAAGCAAGUGCAAGUAGUCAGCGGAAGAGAAGUAGACCCAAUAAAGUCGCUGCCGUUCAAGAAGAAAAGGUUGAUUCUGACGAAGAAGAGGACAAAGAGGAAGAAGAAGAGGAGGAAGAAGAGGAGGAGGAGGAAGAAGAAGAAGAAGAAGAAGAGGAAGAAGAAGAAGAGGAGGAAGAUGAAGACGAAGAAGAAGACGAGAAUGAGUCUGAAGACUCUGAGGACAGUUCUGAUAAUGAGAACAGAGAACCAGCAACAAAAAAAUCUCGAAUCUAAAAAGGAAAGAUGAAAAACUCUGAUAUCGACGAAAUGAUUAGUGAAACAAAAGUAAAGCUCAUAAACGAAAAUUGGACCAGCUGAGUUUUGUUUACUUCUUUACUCUCUCGACAUGUUAAUCUUAUAUUCAUCAUCUUUAUUUUUACAAAGAACAACAACAAACAAACAUCGCCACUAUCCUUCUACUCACCAUUCUUCAAUUUAAAAUUACACAAUCAAUCACAAAACACGUCGCGGAGAACUCACAUAAUCAAUAAUUAAUCAAUUCAUUAAUUUUCUCAAAUUUAUUCCCACCUUUCUUAUCCUUCUUUAACUAAUAUCUCUUAAUUGGAGUCUGAUUGAAUAUCAAUAUAUUUAGCAUGUCAAAAGAAGACAAAGUUAUUUGAAUGCUGUGUUUUUUGAUCAUUAUUUAAAAUUUAUUAAAUGAAAUUAUUUGAAAUUGAA